AUGAGUGAAGUGCUGAUGUCUCGUUCUUCAGAGAUGGGCGAGGAAAAUAGCCAGAAUCCGAUCACCUCUGUUAUCAUUGUUGCCGAUAAGAAUCGAUGUCCUCAUGGAUUCUCAGCUAUAACGAAAACAUACGAUGAACAAGGUGAUGCCGAUCUGUGGCGCGAAAGUUCGUUUACAUUUUUCAGUCGUCCCGUGCGAUACUUGGCGAUUACCAGAGAUACUCCACAAAACACUAUUGGUGCGCAUGUUGUGACAGAUUUAUGCGUCGUGAAAGAUUCCGAUCCAAUUCCGAUGGGAUUUAUAGCCAUUGAUUAUACAGCUGAUUCAAAGGAGAAAGCGUUGCGCAAGAAAUAUUUGUGCGUUCGGACGGUAGCCCGAGAGGCAGUUGUAGAUGCGGUCGGUGAAAUUAUUUUGCUAAGUAAAAUGAGGAAGCCACCAAGAAAUUAUUCUUCAGCUGGCGAAGUGGACGGCAUUUUGAUAUGCUUUAAACACAUUGUAAUUCCUUCAUCAUUCGGCAUGACAAUACCUCGAAGCAGAUCUGCUGGUACUAAUGUCCUGACAAUAAAAACGGGCCUGAAACGAGGUGUUGAAGAUGUUCCGUUCAAAUUAAACCCCCUUGUAGAAAGUACCAUGGUUAAAGACAAG